UGGCUCUUAUGACCCCGAGGCAGACCCAUAUGCCAGCAUCGCAGCGCUGUGACUGGCAAAAAUAUCAGCUGCUAGAUUUAAGGGGUAGUCUUAUCUAAUUGCUGUGGGUGUAAUCCGCCACAUAGAAUAAGUUGUGUGGUAGAACGAUCAGAAUCAUUUCAAUUGACUCCUAUAUCCUUCAGAACAUCGACCUGUCACAAAGAGUCGAAGAGCUACAACCCGAUAACCAAAAUAAAACACACGAUGACAGCAGAGCUAGCACUCGCCAUCAUCGGCGUUAUCGACUUGGCCCUGAAAUACGGGAAAGAGCUACGAAAGAUAUGUUCUUCACUGAAAGGUGCUGAGAGCGAGAUUCAAGAGAGAAGCAUCAGACUGGACAACGGCUGCUAUCGCUGCAUCGCGCAGCUGCAGUUUCUAAAGCAGGUCCAGCAUAUACUCGACGACGGACACCGAGAACUUCAAGAGCGAACCCUGCGCGUGCUGAUUGAGAAACUGACCUCUGCGAAAUCAGUGCUGAGAAGCUUGGUUUCAACCCAAGUCAGCACCAGUGAAUGUGGCAGCAGCAGAGUAGUAUUUAUUCCGAAGGCUGUGAAAUACGCGUUUCGGAAGGAUAGGCUUGAUGAAGCGAUCGAGGCUCUGGAGACGUGGCAGAGACUUUCUGAUCCGUCGUGGUUUCUCAUCUUCAAGAUCAGCGACCCGCGGAUCGAGGAAGUGCUUAAAAUGAAGGGCUCUCUUCCCCCAUCGUCGAGGUCAUCGAUAACUUCCAUUCGCGCACCCUGGACAACAGAUGAAUCUGCAGCGACGUCUAUCCAAGGACUGGUGUUGCCUUCGGAAGCACUUGAGAAAAUGUCCAUAUCGGAAGUGCCCUACUCGUGCUGUUCACUAGCCCAGAACAAGACAUCAGGUAAAGCCAGUUCUUAUGUGCUUGAGAGCAUCAAGCUUCAGCAUCAUGAGCUCUACCAGCACACGAAGAAGGACGUGAGAAACCUAGCCAUGCGACUCCAGCACGAUGAACCGCAAACUUUCGGACUACUCGCUUGCAAGGGGUUCGUAGCGGAACGGCCCGACCCAGAGAGGGGAACGCCAGCUAGAUUCACCCUCGUCCUACGAACGCCAUCUCAGCUGGUCAAGCCACGGAGCCUGCGACAUCUCCUGCUGAAUUCACAGCCCGAAUCCUUGUCGCACAAGCUCCGUGCUGCGCAAGAAUUAGCCAAGGCGGUUGCUUAUGUACAUGUUUUCGGGUUCGUGCACAAGGGGAUUCGUCCCGAGUCGAUUCUCAGCUUUGAAUCUGAACAGAAGUCAGGUGAAACAUCUCUGUUCCUCGUUGGAUUCGAAGAUUUUAGACAAGAAUACGGUCAGACAAAAAGGCUAGGAGACGAUGUCGCGGAGAGGAACUUGUAUCGCCAUCCAUCGAGACAGGGUGCAAGUCCUUCCAGCGACUUCGUCAUGCAGCACGAUAUAUACAGUCUCGGCGUAUGCUUGCUGGAGAUAGGGCUGUGGCAAAGUUUUAUUGAAUAUGACCGGGGAGGUCUACAUCCGAAGAUAUCUCCGGUGCUUGGACAGCCGGAAACUGAUAAAGCAUGACUUGGCCCAAUUUCUCAUGACUACUGUCAAGUCGAAUAUGGCUGAGCUGGCCAGGACACAACUUCCUCGGUUCAUGGGGACACGGUAUUCGAAGAUCGUGGAGACCUGUCUCACUGCUUUGGAUUCCGAAAAUAGCGAGUUUAGUGAUACUACCGAGUUUGAGGACGCCGAUGGAGUCCUCGUUGGAGUGCGGUAUAUAGAAAAAAUUCUUCACCGUUUGGAUCGACUAUAUAUCUAGCGUCAUCAUAUUGUCAGUAUGCAUAGCCGGGAUUCAAAUAGAUCGUUAUCUAAAAGAUUUCUUAAAGUUCAAAGCACCACAUCCCUUCAGUCUA